CUCCCGAAAAAGCUGUGGAGUGGUGUACCAUCUAAAUAGACGAUCUUAGCUUGAAGGUAGCUGCCAAAGUUGUCAGGGCAGGCGUGAGUCCGCGGGAACGAGCGCGAGUGCUGCUGUGGAUUACACCGGCCAGGAAAGAACAGGAGAGACGGGAGCGCCGCUAUCUGACAACCCUGACAAGUAAAGAACUAGUUUCACACGGUGGUCGGGUCGACAGCAAAGUUACCGGAAAUUUAACCUCACCCAGGGCAAUUGGAGUGUGUUUUCUUUUCUCCAAGGACUGUCUCACCAGGAGAGAAGGUACGUCAGGGUGCGGAUCUUUGACUGCGGCGGUGUUUGGAACACUGAGGAAUGUUUAGCCAGAAAGCUAAUUAGCUAGCUAACGUUAGCGACAGAUUAGCUCCUGUAAACCAGCACACACACACACGCCCAGACAAGAGCUGUAACUCCAUGUUAAGAUUGCCAACCGUGAAUAUAACUUUAAAGCUCUGCUCAGGAAGCCAUGCUAAUAAACAUCUUCCUCUUGCGGUGAGCUGCUUCGUGGACAGUCAGAGGCAUCAUGGCGGAACUGCCUAUUGCCCCGGGCCAGGUCUACAUCGAGGUGGAGUACGACUAUGAAUACAAGGCCAAGGACCGCCUCAUUGCCAUCCGCCAGGGGGAAUGCUACAUGCUGGUCAAGAAAACCAACAAUGACUGGUGGCAGGUGAGGAAGGAGGAGGGGUCUAAACCUUUCUACGUACCAGCUCAAUAUGUCCGCGAAGUCCGCAAAGCCCUCAUGCCACCUCCUAAACCUAUCCCACAUCCUCCUGCUGCCACUGGAAACACACCUCCGCAAAGUGGGGCACUCUGGGUAAAGCCAACCAGUCUGGAGCUGGGACUCCACCACCGGUCCACUGAGAACCUUCACAGACAUGAGCCCAACUAUCCGCGCUCACCCUCCGCACAAACUGCCUCUUCUGGCCGCUUCAGUCCCCCCUGUCAACACAGGGACAGCAACCACCAUCAGGCCCCCAGCACUCACACCGACCAUGAGCAAGCUCUGGGUGAAAUCCAUGUCCACGGUGGAGGCCCCCAGCCCGCCCACAAAGGAGGGUCCAGUACUCUACCCCGCACCCGAGCUCGAUCCCCAGAGCUGGUCAGAGCCCCGCUGGACGUGGACAGCACCCGGCACUGUGACUCUGCAGGUGAAGAGAGACGCACCAACGACUCUGAGUCAGGGGACGAACUGAGCAGCAGUUCCACUGAACAUCCUCAGACGGUAUCUUCGUCAGGCCAGGGACGCUCCGAGUCGCCUGUCUACACCAACCUCCAGGAACUGAAGAUCACACAGACCAACCAGCCCCCUUUCCCCUCCAGCUCCCCCCUCCACGUGCUGGGCGACUGGGAGACCUACAAGGACCAGAAUGGCAGGCACUUCUACUUCAACCGCUCCACCCAGGAGAGAACCUGGAAGCCACCCCGAGCCAGGGACACCAGAGGAGAGAGCCACAGCGCAGGAGAGAGCUCCGAGACCACUCCUCUCUCGCUCUCGCCAUCUUUCCUUCCCUUCCUCUCACUCUCCAUUGGUCGACUCCAGCCUCUGUCAUCGGAGGACACCUGCUUCAGUACCUACUCUAGCCAGUCAGACAGUCAGUAUGGCUCACCGCCGCGUGGUUGGUCGGAGGAGAUGGACGAGCAAGGCCACACACUGUACGUCAGCGACUAUACUAAUGAGAAGUGGUUAAAACACGUUGAUGACCAGGGCAGACCUUAUUACUACAGUGCAGAUGGUUCAAGGUCAGAAUGGGAGCUGCCAAAGUACAACCUCUCCCCUCCACAGCCGCCUGGAGAUGCUCCAAAGAGUCGCAGUCUGGACAGGAAACAGGUGGAGCCCAUCGUCCUGACCAAGUGGAGACACAGCGCCUACGUCCAAGAUCCCAUCGACAAGCGGCUGUUAAAAACCAGGCGUUUUCGCACAGGCUCUGCCCGCCUACACCCGUACAAACACCAAGACGCUCCUCUGGGCCACAAGCCCCCCUCUCCUGACUCUGACUCCUGCCCUUCGUCUCCCAAGCCCCCCUCCUCUCCAUCUGAAAAAUGCGGCGUUCUGAAUGUGACAAAGAUCACUGAGUAUGGCAAGAAAGUACGGAAGAACUGGACUUCUUCCUGGACUGUGCUCCAAGGAUCCACGUUGCUAUUUGCCAAAGGCCAAGGAGGAGGGGCGAGCUGGUUUGGAGUCGGCCAAUCCAAACCAGAGUUCACUGUGGAUCUGAGGGGUGGCUCGGUGGAAUGGGCUUCCAAAGACAAGUCCAGCAAGAAGCACGUUAUAGAGGUGAAGACUCGGCAGGGCACAGAGCUGCUGAUCCAGUCAGAAAAUGACGCUGUUGUCACCGACUGGUACCGAGCGCUGCAGGACACCAUCAGCACCCAUGCCUGGGAGUCUGAUGAGGCCAUUGAAGAGGACAUGCCGGAGUCGCCUGGUGUGGAGAAACAUGACAAGGAGAAAGAACACAGAGACUCAAAGAAAGGCAGAGCCAUGAAGAACUCCACCAGCAUGGACGGCUCCGACAACAAGAAGACCAGACACAAGCUGAAGAAGUUCCUGACCCGCCGUCCGACCCUGCAGGCCGUCAGAGACAAGGGAUACAUCAAAGAUCAGGUGUUCGGCUGCAGUAUGUCCAGUUUGUGUUACAGGGAGAACACCACAGUGCCGAGCUUUGUCAAGAUGUGCAUCGACCACGUGGAGAACGACGGUUUGUGUGUAGACGGGCUGUACAGAGUUAGCGGAAACCUGGCUGUCAUACAAAAACUACGCUUUGCUGUCAAUCACGAUGAGAAGGUGAACCUGGCAGACGGGAAGUGGGAGGACAUCCAUGUGACCACUGGAGCUUUAAAGAUGUACUUCAGAGAGCUGCCCGAACCUCUCUUCACCUACGCUCUCUUCCACGACUUUGUCAGCGCCAUCAAGAUUGCAGACUAUAAGUGUCGAGUUCAGUCCAUCAAAGAGCUGGUCAGACAGCUGCCCAAGCCCAACCACGACACCAUGCAGGCUCUCUUCAAACACCUCAGGAAGGUGAUCGACUACGGUGAGGAAAACCGUAUGACCACCCAGAGCGUGGCCAUCGUGUUUGGCCCCACGCUGCUGCGGCCUGAAACGGAGACCUUGAACAUGGCGAUCCACAUGAUCUACCAGAACCAGAUAGUGGAGCUAAUACUGCUGGAGUAUGAGAACAUUUUCGGCAGGUAGAAAGAAACGCCAGAGGAUGAGCCUCUUUUCUCUCUCUCUCUCUCUCUCCCUCUCUCCCAACGCAGAGCUCUUCCUAACCCAGCAUGGCCCUGCCAAAAACAGCCUGGCCUGGCUAGGUUUGGUCCAACCUGGCCCGGGGGCAGCUUCUCUUCAUCUCAAACUAACCUGCUGUCACCGGCUUGCAGCCUCCGGACCAAAGCCACGCAAACAUGUCAUGAACCAAAACGUAUAUGUAACUAACUAGCGACCAAAAAGUUUAGGCUCUUUGCACUUUUCAGUAUCUCAUUUUCUCCUGCAGCUGCAUUUGUGCCACUUUACUACAAAGGUGACGUCCUCCUGUCCCGACACUGGAUUUCUAAAAGUAAUACACGGGCCAAACAAGCCUCUAACUACUGCACAGACUGACUGAGGCCAAAGGAGCUGCAGAAGAAUGAGCCUAAGUAGCCUCUAUUACAGAGGAGGCGUCAGUAUUGGAUGUUGGAGGCGGAGGUGCACCUUGUAUGUACUGUACUGUAUAUCCUAUGACCUGUAAAGACUCCUGUAUAGACCACACUGGGGAACCAACAGAAGAAACGAAACUGCUGUGCUUGGCUUUAGAUGUUUAGACACUAAGAAAAGAAACAGAGUUAGAACAAGGAGAAGAAGGGAUGAUAUGGAGGUCUUUUAUUUAGGGACUAUAUGUUGUUAAAGAAAAUUUUCUGCCCUUUCUGUACUGUUCUCUUUUUCACUUUGUCUUUAUUUUAAAUGUUUUGUUCCCCUUCAGCCUCUUUCCAUCCCUCUCUGAAUGUGUUUCUCCUCCUUUUUAUUCCUUCCUCAAAUCCUGAAAUACUGGACCGGGGUCCUCUGAACACAAUAAGAGGUUAUUAUCACUCUGUAAUAUAUAUAUAUAUAUUUGCACGCCACUUUCUCCAUUUUGCUUUAAGAACAAAUCAUCUUACAGUGGUCAGAACAUCAACUUGAAAAAAAACAACAACCCAAACAUAGGUACUCAGCUGUGUCUCUUCUUGACUCGUGGAUAUUAAAUGUUCAGGCAAACGGACUUUGAACAUGACUCCAUUGAUAAAUCUGUACAGUGUUCAUUUGUGUGCAUGUGGAUGUGGGGGGUGGAUGGAUGAAUGGAUUUAAUAGCAAUAUAUUGUACAAAUAGUAAAUAUAAGUACGUAUGCCUGGAGUGUUAAAUAUAUGAUACGAGGGAGAAAUCACUAAUUUGUGAUCAUUGUGUAAACGGAUGUGAGGAAUGGAGUUAUGAACUGGGGAUGUGGAGUUUUACCCUUGUGUCAGGUAAAUGGAAGAGUGUGAAUGUAACUAUGGAGCGUAACUGUUGGCUUUAUCAAACUGGAAUAAAGACCUCAAAUAAGA